AUGAUCAUUUUCAAUGCUUGGAAUAAUAUUCCUGACUCUCAGUUGAAAAAGCUAGCUUUUGCUGUUCUUUCCCUUUUCGGUUCUACAUACAUAGGCGAACAAUCUUUUUCAAGCAUGAACAUUAUCAAGAGAUGCAACUGUGGAUACAACUCUAGAGGAUGCAGUUUUAUUAACGGUGAAAAAAUCUGUAAUUGCAGAAUCGGUACCGGUAACUUCGAUGGCAUAUGUCAAAUUUGCGAUUGUGGAGAGGAAAAUAUAGGGUGUACAUUUAAGAGAUCUGAAAAAACUUGUCGCUGCUAUCAGGGAACUGCUCAAAUACACGGCAAAUGUGAAGAAUGCGACUGUGGACGGAACAGCGAAAAUUGCUCUUUUGAUUUACAAACAAACGAAAAAGUAUGUUCAUGUUAUGAGAAUUACAAGCAAAACCAUGAAGAUGAAUGUGAAAAGUGUGAUUGUGGAUAUAAUUCGAAAAGUUGUGAGUUUGAAGGCAAUGUAAAGAAAUGCAUUUGUAAUUAUAAAUACGUAUAUGCAGAUUCUAGCGGCAAAUGCGAAAGAUGUGAUUGUGGCCCGAUGGCAACUUCUUGUGAACUCACCUUCGACAAGUAUACUAGAUGCAAAUGUUAUUCUGGUUAUGUUGCUGAGAGAAACAAAUGGGAAAUGGAUGAAUAUUGCAAAAUUCCUUUCCCUUCUGGUUGGAGAUUCGCCACCUAUGUUGCAUCUGCAUUUUUUGGAAUCAUCAUUGUCGUCUGUGCGCUACUCAUUUGCUGUAAAAGAUGUCCGACUGAUUCAUGAUUCAACUGUGGAAUAUCGAGUAAAUAGCUUUGGUUUUAAAAUUAGUGUUAUAUAUUGGGCUGGCAUGACAGCAAUUUUGUGAAAUAAAGCUUAAAUUGUUUUAUACAAAAAGUGAACUUUAAUCAGCCAAAUAUCUCCAAUUUUGUUCAUAUGUAUGCUGUUAAUAUAUAUAUCACGCCAUUUAUGUAGAGACUUUAUGAUUCAAUAUUGAUUUCAGAAAAUUAGACAUUGCUAGCAAAAAACUCAAUGAAUUGCUGUAGGAGACAAAUGUUAUUACUGAAAACUUUACUAUUUGAAUGUUUUUAAAUAAUUGAUAAUCCGAAACGUCGAAUCUAAAUGGAGUUUGCAGCACAACUUCUCCUCAACCAUGCUGUAAUAAUUUUGUACUAGUUGCAAAAGAUGUGUGAUGCUUCACAUAUAGUAUAGAUAUAUAUAGAAUAAAAACAUAAAGACAAAAAAGAUUAAAAAAGAAACAGAGAAAAACGAAGAAAAUUAAGAAAAUCAGUAAGUUUCAUUAAUCUUUAUAAUUUUCCACGUUUCUCUAUAUUAUUAACUCAUAUAUAUAAAAUUAAUUCAAUAAAAUACAAUUAGUUUGUUAAUCAAACAUACACACACCACAGAGAGAUAAAGAGUAGAAUUCGAACUAGGCUAAACAUAACAGAAAUGAAUAAAAAUUAAAUAUUAUGGAAUUCUUUCAUGCUUUGUAAAAGUUAACUUCUGCUUAUAUGAAAUGUUCAGCAAAAUGCAAGUAAUAACAAACUUUCACCUUCUCGUGCUCUGUUGUAAACAAUCUACCAUACCCCAAAAUUCGUGAAAAAAUUUCUUGAAAUGGAGUAAAUACAUAUGGUUUGAUGUAAGCUUGUUUAAUUAUUUGUGUUCAGAAUUAACUAUCUAUACCCUUUAAAGUGAAUUGGUAAUGAUUUGAAAUAAAUAAUUUUUCAUGCAAUUUUUGAAGUUUUGCAAAAUUCAUAUUAGAUCCCAUUCUUAACAAUGACAAAAUAAAGAUAAUAAUAAAAAAAUCUGAUUGACAAAUACUAACUGAUUAACCCUAACUAAUUAACAGAUGCCACUUUCUUAUUGUAACGAAGUAUCGUUUUGUAUUUCUCAGAUUUAUCAUAAUGUCUACGAAAUAGAAAAGGGAAAGAAAUUAAAUACAAAUAAAUUAAUAAAAAAAUCUAGCACAAAAAUAAUGAAAAAAUAAAAAAGAAUUAAAAAACUAAAAUUAUAUGCAUAUUAUAGGCUCCUAAUCAAUCGGACCAAUAGCGAUAAAAUUCGAUAUCCAGAUACUUGGAACACUCGGAAGGUCACUGUGGACAUUAGAACUUUCUCCGACGAAUCGUUCGAGUGAGAUGAGCGAAAAAUGAAAUGCAAGUUUCUGAUUUGUUAAGCGUUAGCCAUUGUUUUAAAUUUAACUAUAAACAAUUUAAGUUUUCAAACAUUUUAAAGAUAGCAUCAGUGUGAGAUACUGGGGGUGGUCAAAAUAAUGGAAGCACUUCUAUACCAAUAAAUUUUUUCAUAAUUCUACUGAAAUAAUUAGAGAAACAUUCUAUAACUUCAGAAGAUUUUGGAUAAUGCGAUUAAUCAUACAUAUCAAUGAAUUUUAAAGAUUUGAGGGACCGACAAUAAAUUACAAAGAGAAAAUAUUGUUUUUGAUCACUUUAUGCCAAAAAUGUAGCAAUAGAUUUGCAAAUUGUGGCAUCUACAUUGUUAUUUUGGUUAUUAUAAGCAAUAAUCACAAAAAAUUUCGUAAGUCUCGCUCAAAUAUUUAUAAAAAAAUAAACAUAUUUAUAAUUACAAAAAUUUUGCUUUAAAAUUUGAAAAUAGCUACAUUUGAGCAAAAUCGGCUGAACGUGUCCUGAGAACGAAUAGAAGAAAAUAAUUCUGAUCUAGAAGUAAGCACAUUGCAUUGUGAAAAAUAAUAAACUGAAGUGAGAAAGAAAAAAUAAAUUAUAUGUUAUGUAAGAAUUAUAAGUUAAUUUUGCUUGUAGAAUGAAAAGCAAAAUAUAUACUAUUGCAAACAAAAAUGGCCAUCACCUUGAUUCUCUAAGCCAUUAUAAAAAUUUUAUGUUUUUAAUCAUUGACAUUGAUUCAUAUAAAAAAAUUAGAUCAGGAAAUCAAGAGAGAUUCACAAAAUUUAUACCAUACAUUACCAGGAAUGACUUUUUCCGGUAUGUUAGUCUAGAUUUAAAAUAAUCAAAGGAAAAUUUUGGAGCUUGGGUAGCUCAGUUCAUAUUUAUUCUUUUUUUACAAUCUUGGUUAAAAAGAGAAGUAAGCGUUCUUGCUCAUUUUCAAAAUUGUUUGAUGACAUCUUCAACCCAGGAACUCCAAAGAGUAAAAAUUUCAUGACCAUUUAGAUCUUUCUUUUAUAGUAUGAAUAUUUUUAAACAUAUGAAAAUUUGGAAUAAUUGAGUAAAUUUUUUGUGUAAUUGUAAAGCAAUUUUUAUACUUAAUAGUAAUAAGUAAAAAGUCCAUGUUGAAAAUUAUACUUUGCCUAAUGUGCUUUUGUUUUAAAUUGAACGAAUUAUUUACGGUUAAGGAAAAUAGA